UAGGCCUAAAGGAAACCGAAGUAAAUUUGUAAACACAAGCUUUUCUAGUCUAUGCUAUUGAAGUUAUAUUGUCACAAUGGGGAAUGUGCUGGAUACUUUUGCUGAGAUGAACCAGGCAGAUGGUCCAGUUGAACCAAAGCCACUGCAACACAAACGUCUGCUGGCUCUGGACCCUAGGUCACCAUCUGCAUGUAUAGACAGAACACCAAUCAUUGUGGAGAGGACCCCGGCAGGAGAGAAGCCCGCACUUGUCAGUUCACAGGAGGACACGCCUCGUACUUCGCGAGUUUCUCCGUCUGAUGUUGUAUUGGAUCCACGGUCUCCUACAAAUGAUUUUACUCGAACACCUAUCAACCCAUGUAUUGCUACAGCUGUAGCCAGGAGAAUCUCGCCUGCAAUGAUGGCCUCAGGUGGGUUACAUCAGUCACCUUCGUUGAGUCAUGAGUCAGAAUCUGGGAUUGAGUCAGCAGAUGUCACCCCUGUCUUGAAGAGGCGAAAAGCUAAAGGAUACUCCUUGUUAUUUGGUUUAUUAUAG